AUGACCCAAACUCCUGAACCUCGGACAGUACAUCGAUCAGUAUCGCCAUACAAAAGCGCAGGCGACGCCCGGCCCAGCCAUGAGAGAUUUCCCUCCUUCGACCACAGUGUCCCUCCGAAUUUCUCCUUCAACUCCAACAGUGUCGCAGAAAGCCCGCAAGAGCUCACCCCGGGACCGGUUCCGAACGGUGAAAUGAGAUGGCCUCCAAGGAAAAUGAGCCAGAGACUUCGCGAUGCGCGGCCUGCAGGAAUAUACACACACAGACACAAACGCAGCGUUAGCGAUGCACUGCACAGACUGCGGACGAGGCAGGGAAGUGUCAGCGAAAGUGCGCAGGAGCUGGCAGAAGCCCUCAAAGCCCCCAUAUCAUACAAGCUGAUUGCUCUAUGCAUUGUCUGGUACAUGACCUCGGCGUUAACAAACACCUCGUCCAAAUCGAUAUUGAACGCCUUCCCCAAACCCGCCACCCUCACCAUUAUCCAAUUUGCCUCGGUGUUCAUCUGGUGCCUCAUAUUGACGAGCCUGGCUUCAGUCUUCCCCUCGCUGAAGAGAUCGGUGCCUGCAUUGAAAAAUGGUCUCCGGAAGCCAUCAUGGGAUGUCGCGUACACGGCGUUUCCACUUUCGAUUUUUCAGCUACUCGGGCAUCUUCUGAGUUCAUACGCUACUUCGAAAAUACCGGUAUCACUGGUACAUACUAUCAAAGGGCUGUCACCUUUAUUUACCGUACUGGCGUAUCGAGUUGUGUAUCGAAUACGCUACAAACGAGCAACAUAUUUGUCGCUGAUACCCCUCACCUUCGGGGUGAUGUUGGCAUGUUCAACGGACCUUUCCACGAAUUUCUGGGGGAUCAGUGCCUCUCUGGUGGCGGCCAUCGUCUUCGUGACGCAGAACAUUUUCUCCAAGCGACUAUUCACUGAAUCGGCCCGGGCGGAGGCCGAAGGCCAAACGCAUCUUCCUCGCAAACUGGACAAGCUGAAUCUCCUCUGCUACUGCUCCGUGGGAGCUUUUGUGUUCUCGGCGCCCGUAUGGAUUUACACAGAGGGAUUCGAGAUUUUACAGGACCUAUGGAAGGACGCAUCGCUCGAUCUUGUCGAGAAAAAAGGCACACUAGAUCACGGCCAGCUGGCGGUGGAAUUUGUGUUCAAUGGCAUCUUCCAUUUCUUCCAGAACAUCAUGGCCUUUGUCCUCCUUUCGAUGAUGUCUCCAGUAUCGUACUCGGUGGCAUCCCUGAUCAAAAGAGUGUGGGUAAUUCUGGUCGCGGUGAUCUGGUUCCGGAGCUCUACCACUUCGGUCCAGCUUGUCGGAAUUGCUCUGACAUGUUUCGGCCUUUACUUGUACGACCGCACGAGCAUGGAGGACGCAGCAGAGAGAAGAACCAAGGCCGGUCACUUCCGGCACAAGCACACGCCGUUACUGCCGGUUAUGGAAGUCAAAACUCCAGGCGUCCAUGACGGGGCUGGCGUGCACGAUAAUUAUAUGAGCGACACAUCGGAUUCGGCAUCCUAA